ACAAAAUCUUUUAAUGUAACAAAAAUCUAAGUAAAACAUGACUUUCACACAAGCACAUAUAUUUUCACACGUAAAGGGUAUUGGUCAAGAGGAACAUAAUGUAUAAUGUAUCGUGAUUGAUUUUUCGCCCCCGUGUGACAAAAAGUGUGAGUUAUAGAUCUUGAGAUUGUAUGGCCAUCUUACGGCAAUUUACCAAAGCUGCAAAAUGAACGAGUCUAAACGCUACAAAAACGUCGACAUUGUAGUCACAAGAUGGCAGGCAAAGCGUACGCUCUCUUUGUUCUGCAAUGCGCCUGCGUAUUGUCGAACUUUUGGUAAGCUCACUGGAAGCUCUCAGGAUUCUAAGGUGUUCAGCAAGUGGUUGUUCGCUCGGUGGGGAGAGCGGUGUUUACAGUGCGUGUGUUCCUUGCGGCGGUGCGUUCGCGCGAUCUGCUGCUGCCCGCUGUGUUUUUGGUGGGCUUUCACCCGUGGCGUUUUGCCCACGGUGCGGGAUGCAUCUUCUCCCUGCUUGACCGGCGGCUGCUCGCCCGUAAAGAAGAACUCUGGAGGGGACGUCGGCCACCCGCCGUCCGGCGAUGGAGCUGCCGGUGCUGAACGUGGGCGGGGAUAUAACCUUCCUGAUGCAAGCAGGGGUAGUCCGUGACACGGUCACCAUAGACGCCACCGAGAUGAACCUCAAGUCGCUCAAGGACACCGCAUGCAACUUCGUCCACAAGAGGCUGCCGGAGCACGGCCUGAACAGGCUGAGUGAGCGGCUGCUCCUGUUCCGGCACGACUACAACAGUGAGAACAUUCUGCUGCCCAUCAAUGCUGCUUCUGAUGUGGCCGAGGGCACCCUGGUGGAGAUUGUCGUUUCAGCCCAAAACCCGAGUGACGAUGUCCAGAUCCGGCCGCACUCUCUAACAGUGCACUCGUACAAGACGCCCACCUUCUGUGACUUCUGUGGCGAGAUGCUCUUCGGCCUAGUCCGGCAAGGCCUGAAGUGCGAGGGCUGUGGGCUCAACUUUCACAAGCGGUGUGCGUACAAGAUCCCAAACAACUGCAGCCACACACGGCGGCGGCGGUCCUCCACCUCGAUGUACCCUCGGAGCCCAACAGAAGCAGUCCAACGGACUGCAUCCAGCGCAGCUACUUUCAGUGAUGACCAUAAUGUGUUGCUCUGCAGUGGGAGCAACUUGUCGUCCAGUUCGCGGGAGAAGCGGUCCCCAUCGCUGAACAUGGGGCGCCCCGCGUGGGUGGAGCGGGAGCUAGCAGGCCGAAUCUGCAUCCCGCACACGUUUGUGGUGCACUCGUAUGCCAAGCCAACGGUGUGCCAACACUGCAAGCGACUGCUCAAGGGCCUCUUCCGCCAAGGGCUGCAGUGCAAGGACUGCAAGUUCAAUGUCCACAAGCGCUGCAUGGACAAGAUCCCCAUGGACUGCACGGGCGAGGCACCCCGGGAGUGGGCCGACGCCUCUCAGGACAACUCGGAAAGCAGCUCCGAGCUUGAGAACAAUGGGGAAAGGGACAACGUGGAGGAUGAUUCGGACACGGAGAGUGAACAGCACGAGUCACGGCCGCCGGUGGACAACCGUGAGGAUGAGUUACCCAAGACCAACUUGGAUGAGUCUGGCAGCAACAACAUCCCGCUGAUGCGCAUCGUCCAGAGUGUGCGGCACACAAAACGCAAAGGGGGUGCUAAGCUUUUCAAGGAGGGCUGGCUGGUGCACUGCACGGAUCGGGACCCCGUGCGACGGCGCCACUACUGGCGCCUGGACAGCAAGGCCCUGACCCUGUUCCACUCGGACACAGGCUCCAAGUACUACCGUGAAAUCCCCUUAUCCGAGGUUCUGUCAGUGGACCCUCCAAGAAGGCCCGAUAUUGGCUUUGAGCUGCGCACGGCUGCUGGUGCUACCUAUCUGGUGGGCGAUGACCGCGACCAGGCACGCCCCUGGGAGUUGGCCCUUCGGCAGGCACUCAUGCCGGUGUCUCGACAGGAGGAUGAGGGAAAUGGACAGCACAACACGGACAUCAGCCUACGGUACCAGAUAUUCCCAGAUGAAGUUCUGGGAUCAGGCCAGUUUGGCAUCGUCUAUGGAGGUGUCCAUAGGACGAGUGCCCGUGCAGUGGCCAUCAAGGUGAUCGACAAGUUGCGCUUCCCAACAAAGCAGGAGGCACAGCUGAAGAAUGAGGUGGCCAUCCUGCAGAACAUCCACCACCCAGGUGUUGUUGACCUGGAGAAGAUGUUUGAGACGGCCGAGCGCAUAUUUGUCGUCAUGGAGAAGCUCAAGGGUGACAUGCUUGAGAUGAUCCUCUCCUCGGAGAAGGGGCGGCUCUCCGAGCGCACCACUCGUUUUCUCAUCUACCAGAUCCUGAUUGCUCUGAAGCAUCUGCACUCUAAGAACAUUGUGCACUGUGACCUCAAGCCUGAGAAUGUGCUGCUGUCCUCAGACUCGGAAUUACCUCAGGUCAAGUUGUGCGACUUCGGCUUUGCCCGCAUCAUUGGCGAGAAGUCAUUUCGGCGGUCCGUUGUUGGCACCCCCGCAUACCUAGCGCCCGAGGUGCUUCGGAACAAGGGCUACAAUCGGUCGCUCGAUAUGUGGUCCGUUGGUGUUAUCAUCUACGUCAGUCUAAGCGGGACAUUCCCAUUCAACGAAGAAGAAGACAUCAAUGAUCAGAUCCAGAAUGCGGACUUCAUGUACCCCCCGAACCCGUGGAAGGACAUAUCCCCAGAAGCGGUUGACCUUAUCAACAACUUGCUCCAAGUGAAGACAAGGAAGCGCUACACGGUGGACAAGUCCCUGGUCCACACCUGGCUACAGGAUUACCAGACGUGGUGCGACAUUCGCGAGCUGGAGAGCCAGGUCGGGGUGCGGUACCUGAGCCACGAGUCAGACGACACCCGCUGGGAGACAUUCCGGCGCGAGCGAGGGCUGCAGCCACCAGCGCCAGCGCCCCCUACUGCUCAGACGCAGCAGCAGUCUCAACAGCAGUCCCAGCAGCAGCAGAGCCUUCAUCACACGCCUGCGCGGUCACGACUGUCGGUGCAACGCGAAGAAGAAUCGUCCCCCACCUGCGGUCGUGUCCGCCUCUGACCUUCUGCUGACAUGAUCCACUGUGGCACGCAGUUUCCUACGUUUUCCCUGGGGCAGGGUGCUAGCGUAGGUGGGGUCCUGGUGUGUGUUUGGAGGUGGCGCCAUUUCCUGCUUCAUUUGGUUUGUUUGUUCGUUCUUUUUUCCCCUUCAACUCUGUUGUCUCUGUUGCUGGCAGGAACAUCGCCAAGAAAAGAUCCAAACUUGCUCCAUUGCAAUUUUUGGACCCUUUCAUCAGCCAGCCUCUGUGCGAAAGAGUUGAGAGGGAAGGCCUGAGAAAGUGAUAAGGGCAGAAGCAGUGUGAAACAAUGGCGCCACCUUCAGGUUGUACGGGGACCUUGAGUGUAGAUGCAUUUGCUGUAUAUGGAAGCAUGCAGCAGUGGUGUGUCCCAGCCGGUCACGAAGUCUGGGAAAUUGCGGGGCUGUAUGCUCUCAGUCGGUCACCUUCAGCGGCACUUCCACACGGCGCUAGACAAGGCAUGAGACCUCAAUGGUAGCACUGAUCAUUCACAGGCACCGGGAUAUUUUUGCUGCCCAUCCUGUAUUGAGAGCAUGUGACAUCUGCGCAGUGUUCUGGCAUGGGUGCAGCAGUGGACAUAGUACUGGGCAUUGCAAGCAUGCAUGAUUUUUCUUGCCUAACAGUCUGCUGAUCUGCCGUCAAAUUUUGAACGAAGUUAGCAUUUUGCAGUGGAUUUAGUUUAAUACCGCAUUUGCAAGCACUACUUGCCUGUUUCCUUAACCACAGAGGUAAAGUGCAGAUUAUCUGCAGCAAUGCCACUAAUAAAAUUUUGACUUUGCUGCAGCGAAAUGGAAGACACCAUCUGUCAUCCACUACGGUAAACGAUGCACUCACCUUUCACCAAUGAAACAGGCAAGUAAUGCAGGCAAACAUGGUAACAAACUGAACCCACUGCAAAAUGCUACCUCUGUGUAAAAUUCUAGCGGAAAUCCAUCAGCAGUUUAGCUUGAAAAGUCAUGUAAGCCUUGUGCACCCCUACUUAUGCAACAUUCAGUAUUGUCAUUUUGCACUAUUUCUCCUGACUGGUUUCCUCCAUCACAUCUGCUGCCUCUUCACAGCUAAGUAGUGCAUAGUGAAAGUAGUAUAUUUCUAAUGAAAAGUGAUCAAAUAUUUCAGUUUGAGCCAUACAUGCAGUGCUUUACACAUGCACUGGACCACUGUUUCCAGGGUGCUGUAUUUUGUCUCGUUCAUGCAUACCUGGCCACAGCCCAACCUAUCAUGUGGCUAGUACAAUGCAAUACACGUGGUAUCUCGUAAGGCACUUUGUACCAUAUAAGGCACACAGCCUGCUGCCAAGGCUACAGACUUCGCACAUUCACACGUUGAAUCUGCUUGGCAGCAUUUUUUGUAAGAAUGCAGUGACACCAAGCACCGGAACUAGACUAAAUGGAGAAGACUUACUGAGCACUAAGCAAUCUGCCUGUAAACCUCCAGCCUCCAUUUCUUAUUUCUCUAUGACACUCCCCCUUCCUGCUUUAUCACAGUUUAACACUGUGAGGUUGUUAUCAGAUAGAAAUAUGGCACUACAGUAGGUCAAGCAGCCCGGGAAUCAUGGACGGUACACACAUUUUUUUUUUUUUUUUGCAAUUGGCUUAGUGAGGCUGAUCAUUAUCACGUAAAGAAUUUGUGGCUUCAAGUUGGUCAAGAUAAAUAGCCACAAGGAUGAGCCAUAGAUAAAUCCAUGUAGUGCCUAUUGUUCUCAUACUGGUUAAACUGGCAAUUGUGAACUGGCAUUGCACAUAGGCACUAGCACCACAUUCCUUUUCGAGUAAUCUUAAGGGAACACUAAAAAGAGAAAUAAUUUGAUGAGAGCAGCAUUCCGGGCAAGUUGGUAAUCCAUUACUUAAAUGAUAUUGCGCGACAAAGAAAUGACACGGACGUGAGAGAAGACAACACACCAAGCGCUUGGUGUGUCGUCUUCUCUCACGUCCGUGUCAUUAUUUUGUCGUGCAAUAUCAAUUAAAGAAUUUGAGCUGUGUUAGUGAAUUACUCACCCACAGUGGCAAAAAAGCCACUCUGAACAUGAAAGGAGGCCUGAUAAGCCAGAAAAGAUGCAAAAAUUGGCAGUUUUCCCCAAAGGGCAAAGCACUGGCAGGAAUGGCAAGCUUUAGCAUUGCGCUUAACACUUCGGACCGUGUGCUAACUAUGCACAGGUGCGACCAUGCACAGAUGUGACAAGAGGACAAAAUUUAUGGCACCCUUGAAAGCUUCAACAGCCCGUGUAGGGCCCGUAAUGGCAUUUCACAGGCACCAUUGCACUGCCUGUAUAAAAUGGCGUGAGCGAAAGUACGUAACUUUCAGAUUGUGAGUACUAACGUUCUGAAGAACUUCAGUUUGGCCUAGUUGGUGUUUACUGCAUAUCAUAUUGACCGCAAAUAAAGAUGGGGACGGCGGAAGAGAACACAUAAACAGCACGGGCGGUAACUUUCAGCUGUUCUAUUCCCGGCAGUCCGUGGGCAUAUGUAGACAUACAGAACAUGCGCAGAUCGCAGCAAACAAGAACACUCGUCAGCCUAGCGUGGCAACCAAUUAUAAAAAAAUAUAUAUUUCUGAUUGAAACAACCUAAUGGAGGUGUCACUAACAUAAUCUUGGCCUUUCUUUUUUUAUGUGAUAGGCCUCCAUCAGUUCGCGUGCAGUCUGGUCAUGGCUUCUCCCCAGAACCUUUAUCUCCUUGAAGAGAAGUGCACAGCGUUGUUUACGUGUUCUCUCCCGCUGUCCCCUUCUUUAUUUGCGGUCAAUAUGAUAUGCAGUACAAAUAUUGUUUUGUGCUUUUUAAUAUUCAGAGAGGAUUUUGUUUGAAGGUGUAUAUGAAUGAAGCUUUUCACGACUUUGCUCGCGCACUGUGAUUCUAAAACAUUUGGAGGAAUAAUUCAAUCAAGAACAUAUAUAUAUAAUCAUACUUAUACAUAAAUAUAUGUGGAACAUUAUGACUAUGCCAAAGGUGAGGAUUUGCUUGGAGUGUCCAUAUAACUGCUAUCGCAAUAAAAUGAAAUACGCAUAGUGACGCCACCUUAGAGUUCUCGCACCAGCUUGCCAUGAUGUCACGGAAUUUCAUAGUGUCUGCUUGAGCCUAGUUCAUUUUUUAUCGAAGAUAGAAUACUUUGUAUUCUCAAAGAGCCAAAGACUAAGCUUCGUAAUUUCCAAGAACUUUUGCUAAGCUAGAAAUGCAGAAAUACAAAAAAAAUGCUUUGAGAAUCAGUGACAUCACACCGACAUACUGGCACUGGAGUUUCAGCACGAAAUUCAAGAAGUGGAAGCCUUAAUUUUCUCUUGUAAUAGUUCAGCUAUUAAUGCGAAAUUAAUGAAAAUAGUUUAGAAAAAUUACUUUUGACAGUCUAAACUGAUUUGGUAUUUGUCUUUCUUUAGCGUUGCUUUAAAAUAAAACUCCAUGCACUUUGUUGUAUGAAAAAAUUGGUCACUUUGCUCAAAAGGGAUCUAUCAGGAAAAGUCGAGAAUUUGCACUGCAGAUGACAAGUAUAAAUGCUGCAACAGAUGACAAAAGUUCCUGCAGCUAGCCUUUGUUUGUGUUUUCUGCUGCAAAAGAAAGACAUCCACUUUUUUAGGCAUCGUGAGGGAAAUUUGUUAAGGAUGCUUAACAGUAGGAUCUACAAGUGUGCACACAUUCGUUGGACAUAAUGUGAGCAGUUGACAAGAAAGAAAUAGAUGCAACACAGGUUUCAAUGCCAUAAAAAUUACUACGGGGGUACUUUAGUGCUAGUGCAUUUUAAAUGCAACAGAUAGCAAUGGUGUGCACACGCUCAGAAACCUACUGCCCUUGUGCAUUUAGAAAAAUAUGAUUGCUUGAAAAUUUAAGCCAAUAAAGCGUAAUAAAGAAUACCACAAGAAUGUCUGAAGCAACAAACAUGAAGAUUAUAGACAAAUCCAUGUGCUAUACUCAUCAUUUCCAUGGUAGCUGCAUGAUCAGAGAGCCAGAGUUCCCUUUAAUAAUUUUGACAAGGAACUCUGUAAACCACAUGACUUGCACAUCAGUUAUUCAUUGUAUUCAUAGCUUAGAAUGUAAUGUAACAUGUGCAACAUCUCUGGGCCAAGCAAGAUUUUCAUUAGAACUGCCUCGUCAAAUAAAAAAUGACAGAUAGAAUUGUGAGUAUGUUGACCAGUAACAAGGUAACAGGAACCAACUGGAUGCUCAAAUGCUGCUCAGCUGACAGCACUUUAACAUUUGAAGGUGCACACAGGGUUUGGCACUAUCAGUGGCCACUUUGAACUGUCUUUGUGCAGUGGUAAUGUCUUGCAGAAGUAGCGUCACCUCAUCAGAGCUGAACUGAUGACUCUCUGGCUGCUUCUCCUGAUACGCCCAAUUCCCAUGUUUACAUUUGUUUCCUUUCCUUUUGUCUUUCUGCUGUGCUUCUGGCACCAUGACUGUGGCGUUCUUUCUGACCUUCAUUCAUGGAUGUUCUCACAGGGUUUCAUAGCGUUCAGUGCCAUAUGACAAAUCUUUCCAGUUAGGGUACAGGCGAAUAGUGCAGUACCAGGUGUAAAGCAACAAAUGCUAGCAAACGUCUCUCAAACUGUGGGCCACAAACCCUGAGAGUUUUACAAGGGAAAUCCAUGGGGACCUGCUGUUGAUGAGCGUCGUCUCUCAAAAUUUUGAGUGAGUCUUGCCCAGGGAGGGAUUUGUGAUGACCUAUCUCUGGAAAGCCACAUGCUCCGCAAUUUACCAUGUCAAAAUCUAGUGGGGCUAAUAAUAUUUGAAAAUGCAACUUGAACUAUCUUCAAAUUCUUUCUGGUAUACAGCAAUGUGUUUCUUGCUGCUUGUAGCCCGAGUGACAUGAAAAACGUAAGUCCAAUCCAGGAAGUGGUAAAAAUAGUGCAGCUUUAUUCGUUCUAAUAACUCAGUAUCUAUUCUCUUUGUUUGCAUUUUUGCAGAGAAGAAAAAAAUUUACUGUCUUAUAAAGGCCUAUGCAAUGAUAUUUCUUUUGCUUUGGCUAAAUUUGUUAUUAAUGAGUAGUAUAUACUAUUGUAGCAAUCUUUGCAAAGCUGCAAGGCUGUGGUCUUCUCUUUAACAGCCCUUAAAUAGCAUCUAAGCAGUCAACACAUGUAACUAUUGGUUAGCGGGUAUGACAUAAAUCGCAGCACUUUGCCUCUGAGCUUUCCGGUACACCGCCGGUGCUGCCCGAUAUCGGACAUCAUUCAAAGUGCUGCACUAAUUCUCAACAUCCUUAGUUCUGAAUUAUUUCUUCCGAGCAGUAAUGGCAGAGUUUAUUCAGUUUCAGUAGCAAGAACGUCACUUUUACUAACUUUUCGUGGCACAUCCAUGCAUAUUCUAAAUGUAAUAUUCGUUACAUGGGCUGUUCUAUAUGUGGACUCCUUGAAGCUAGGUUUUUUACAUUGGGUCUCAAUUGGUCUUUAACAAGCAGCAGGCAGAUUAAGGUCUUUGUGACAAAAACUUUGAGAACUUCUCUGCUAUGCCAAAGCCAAGUUGCCAUUGUUUGACUCAAUUUUCGCCAAUAGACUCUGUGCGUGUCUACUCAGUACAAGUAUACACUGCACUAAGCUGUGAUAUGAGGAUGCCAAGGUGUGACAUGUGUAUUAGCUGUCAGAAGUGAUCACUGUUUUACUGAUGGAAAGCAAGUUCACUCUGGAUUCUGCGGCAAACUGCUUUAAUUCAUCUAACGCCAAUGUUUUGGACAUGUUUGUGCCAUUCACAUAUAAUGUGGCGGCCAGGCAGCAUUAGAGACCUGUUGAACACACCUGCCGGAUAUUAUUUUGAUAAGGCAGUACAGUACAAAUGACACUUUCAGCUAUUUGGCUGGCUUGUUUACAUUAAUUUACAAAAGUUCACUGUGCAUUGUGUCUAAAAUGACACUGAAAAGAAAAAUAAUUUGAGCUGUACUAGUAAAUUACCCUUACGCAAUACAGAAAAGCCUCUCUUACCAUGAGAAGAGGCUUGGCAAGUGAGCAAGGAUGCAGAAAAAACGGGUGGUGACACCAACUUGAAGUUCUCGCACUAGCUUGUCGUGGUUUCAUGAAUAUUUAUGGUAUUUGCUCAGGCCUAGCAAAUGUCUAUGUGUAAAAAUGUGCAACAUUGUGUGCUAAUGCAGCCAAAGACAUAACUUGGCAAGUUUUGAGAACUUUUGCUGCACCACAGUGGCUUAAAUACAGGAAAAAAUACUUAGAAAAUCAGUUCUGCGGAAGCCCAAAAGGUGGAGGAAGGUUCAUAACAGGGAAAAUUGUCAUCCACCCUACUAUAGCAUGAAGUUAAAAAGGAAACCCAUAUGGGCUUCUCAGAAGGAAAGCUUCACAGUCGAAGGAAAAGUUCCUCCUGGUUUAGGAAAAUACUUUGAAAUCCGUGAUGUCACUGAUGUACUGGCAAUGUGAUUUCGGUACAAAAUUCAAAAAUUGAAGUUUGGCCUUCAGUUUCCCUUCGGUAAUGAACCUAAUUAAUUGAAUGUUUCUCUUUACUGUCCAUUUAAGAGUGCUCUGGCCUAGCUGUUGCAUUAUUUCUGUGCGCGAGAGCUGUUGCUGCAUGCAGAUGACUGAUUGAAGUGUGGAAUGCACAGGCAGAACAGUUUGCCAACAAGUGACUUCGUGACUGGUUGUGGGACACCAAUGGGCUCCCUUUUGGGCCUCCUGGCUGUCUGUGAAUGAAACGAACAACGCAAAGACUCAUGUGCGCGACAUGCGUGGCUGCUGACAACAAAGCUGUAGGUUUGGGCUACAUGCACAGCUUUGCUGGUUGUGCCCACUACACAUGCUCAGUGCACACGCUUAAUGUGCAGUUGUCCAUCUAGGGUGUUGCACAAGAGUUCCCAGCCGUCCGUCCCUCUCUCUGGUUGUGCCGGUAGUGCUUGCUCUUCAGCUGUGGUUGUGGUUGAAGAGAUCUUUUUGCAGCCCAGCACAGACGGCUGUUACAUUUGCACGUGCUCACUUGAAAAUUACAUUGGCUUAUGCAGAAUGGCUUGGCAGUGAGAGACUUCACAAGUUCCAAACCCACAGCUCUUCAUUUUUAUGUGCAAUGCGAACAAGCUCUUGCCUGUAGCAAGCGUUCACCAUUCUGUGUGAUGUCACUCACUGCUGUAAGGGCUUACUUUGUUUGCAUGUAGUAACAAAUCAGCUCAGAAUUCAUGGCUUCAAGCUGCAUCAAAUACUUAAUGGGCUGAAUUUGUUAUUAGAUGGUAUCAGCCGUGCUUCGCUUGCAGUCCACUCUGCUUACGUUUCAUGCACUUAAGCAGUGCAGAGAACUGUGCUGAAUUCACAUUUUUGUUAAGCACUUCUCACAGAGAUGCAAGGUACACACAGUCGGCAUGGCUGCAAAAUUAUAAAGAAGUCAAAUGAACUGCUGUAUCAUAGUCCAUUCAGUUGGCUCAGCAGCAGAGCAAGGGCAGCAUCUUCUCUUCCGCUCCUGUGACGGCCAUUGUUCCCGCUUAGCAGUUGAGCACAGUGGACUGUAAACGUAGAGCUAGAACUGUUGAUUGACUGACCAAAGUGUGGCAAAGUGCAAAUAGAAGGGGGCUAACAAGUAGUGGCCUCGUGCAGAGCCGAACUCGUUGGCACUAACUGAAGGGUUUGAUUGGCAAGAGUUUUAAAUUUCACGUUGUUGUGGCAGCUGUUGACAGAAGUGCCAGCUCUGCAUGAGCCGGUGGAAACGUUGGGUGUUUGCCUGGCAGUGGAUGAGUCAGAUGUGCAAUCAACCAACUGAAUCCAACGAAGGUGACCUUGGAGAGGGGGCGGGGCUUUGUAGAUUAAACAUUUUUGUAGUUGGUUAGUAAUAAGACUACGACUUUCAUUUGCCACUGAACUAUACGUGCUGCACGGAAGUGAAGAAUAGGGAGCAAUUUAAACUCUCUACAUAGAUUAGAUUGCAUCUUUUUCCUCGAAGUUUCACUCUUAGUUUGCUGCUUUUUUUUUACUGCAGGCCACCGUGGGGAUCAGUGUGUUGCACUGUAAAGCGAGGCCUAGAAAUGGGGUGUGUUUUUAUGUUGGGCUAGGGGAACACGGGCAGCCAGAGAAAAGCUGCAGUGAAGGAGCAUUUCGAAACAGCUGCAAUCUAGUGAACAACGAACAAACACGACUCAAGCACAAAUUGCUCCCUGUUCAGCCUUCCCACAAAUGUUCAGUCAUCCUGGCACCAGGUGUUGUCUCCCUGGAUAAUUGUACGGAACUGUAUACUAAGCAGCAUUUUUGGCAUGCACCUUUUCUCCUCUUAACUACUGCAUUCUGUAAUUGCAAAUGGCACAAAAGACACAGGACAACAAAAGGAUGGGAUACGUAAAUGUGCACUCCCAGCUGAAAGUUUUAACAAAAGUAACAUACCCUCUUCUAUACGAGCAGUGGUCACAUGAUUUUGCUGCAUGCAAACCCUGCAAGGUAACCACCAGACAAAAGAAUGUGAAUGAACAAGGUAACAUAACCCGUAGAGAGAAGGCAGGUUACCAUAGUCUCUUAGUUUCAAUAUAUUAAGUGAAAUUAAAGUUCACUUUUGUAGGCUGGUAGGGGUUGCACUAAUCCUUUUAGUUGUCCCAGGUUUUCUUGUGCCAUUUGCAGUUGUGCAUCGAAACCAACUCGCCCAGUUCUCUCCAUUAUUACUGCAUUCCAUGUUGCAGAUGUGAUUUUUUUCCUGCAAUGCAGCUCUGACCCCUUUUGGCAUUUCUUAACAUAGCUGACGUGGUAGAGCGUCGCUCCAGUGAACAGCAGGCGUCAAUGAGACCAUUAGCUCCACAUUCCUUGCUCUUUGUAUGAGAAUGGCAUGGAGCGGCUGAGGACAAUCCAGAAAAGGCACUCGAGGGCACAAUUUCCCGUGUCUCCCGACAGCCACGGCUUUUCACAUGUCCCUGUGCUGUGCAUUUUCAGCCAUGGCAUUUGAGUAAAUCUUGUUAGAGAGUAUGUGUGUUAGAAUGAGAUGUGUUUCAUAACCUCUCGCCUGUAUUUUUUUUUUUUUUUUUGCGUAUUCUUUUGAUACAUCAUACAAGCACGUUGCAUAAAGGUCUCUACACAAAUUGCA